AAUGAGCCCAGGACGCGGGGGAACGGGCGGCGGCCCCUCCCCCAUGGAAACAGAAACCGCCAAAACUACAACAAAAAGAAGAAAUAAAGAUGUUUCCGAAACAGAAGUCACAUCAUGUAAGCAAAAAAUGACUUACAUACAAAGUCGUCGCGGUCUCUUCAGAGACCACAAUCCUAUAUAUGAAGACUUGACUAAAAAGGAGUACCCCGUACUGCUACAAUCUGCUUCCAAUGAUCUGACUCAUAAAGUCCCCAUGGACAUCCUCAAAGUCAAUAGAAUAUUAAAAGAGAUUAUGGGGGUGCAAUAUGUAAAGGCGGCCGGUAACUUUUUUGUGAAAGUUUAUUUUGGAUGUGCCAAGGAUGCGAAUGCAUUUUUGCUAAACAAACUUGUAUUGCAAGCAAAUAAUUGGAAGGCAACAAUCCCAUAUGACAGCAUAGAGUGUCAAGGAAUUAUUCGUGCUCCUGUGGAUCUUAGUGAGGAGUCAUUGCUCGAGGACUUGAAAGCCAGUUGUAUGAUUCUUGGUGUAAAGCGCUUUACCAAAAAACAGGACAAUGGGCAAUACAAACCACUCCCAACUGUCCUGGAGCGAUUUAUGGCUUCGUCUAGACCCGACCAUGUAAUCUACGACCAUAUCUGGAUGCCUGUACAGGAAUACAUCAGGCCUCUGCUUCAGUGCUUCAGGUGUUAUAAAUUUGGACAUGGCAGCGGAGCUUGUAAAAGCACUCAAGUAUGUUCCAUUUGUUCGGCGGGACAUUUUUACAAGGAAUGUCCCUCACCAUCAGACUUCAAGUGCUCAAACUGUAGUGGACCCCAUUCAGCAGUUUCUUAUACCUGUACUGUGAAGGCAGAAAAAAUAGCACAAAUCAAGAAUAGGAUAAGUGGCAGAUUUUCUUAUGCGGCUGCGGCUGCAGUGGCUGUGGCACCUAACAGUAAUAAUCUAAACACUAAGAUUUCAAAAACACCAGCAAAAACACCUCACGGACGAGCUGUGAUUGCUGAAAUUAUUAACUCCGAUAUUGUCAUGAACGCAAUCACAAAAACAAUAAUCGAAUUGAUGAAAAGAAAAGAUGUCAAAAAUACUUCCUCCUCCGCCUCCGGACCUUUCACAAUCUCCUCCCAAACUAUAAAAGAGCUGCUGGUAACAAGUUUUACUACUUAA